AUGUCCCAAGAAAUGACUUCGACACCAGUUUAUCAUAGGAUUGAUCCAAAGAUUAAUGUGAAUAAUCUAGUAAUCAUGCCUGAUUUACCAGAACCUUAUAACUUGGUCAAUGCAUCAAGUGAUCCACGUUAUCCUACCCAAGUUAGCAUAAUUCAGUUGAGAAAUGAGGUGUGGAAAAUCCAUAGAGAUCUCAUAGAUGUUGAAAUGAGAGUGAAACCUUAUCCAAGUUAUAAUAAAGGAACUCGUUAUUAUGUAUACUUGGUGAUUAUUAUAUUAUUUGCUAUUUUAGAAGUAGCCAGUAUAGUUUUCUUCUGGAUAGGAAUAGUAAAACUUGGAUCAAAUAAAAGUUGA